AUAAAAAAAAAAAGAAGAGAAAGCGUUGUUUAAAGGAGAGCCUCUGCUACGUUUUAGGCUUUGAAGUGAUACAGAAGGCAUAGAUUGUUUUCACCAUCAGCAUCACCGUCACUAAACACCAUAGCCCACCACAACUCUUCUCUCUCUCUCUUAGAAACAGAGUUGAUUCCUUGUUUUCUUGUUUUCAAUCUAGUGUUUUCUCAUUGACUAUCUCCUGAUUGUUGCUUUUCUAGAGAUUCUGUUUCACUGCUGCAUUUUGGAAUUUUCCGUGACUAGAGUUGUUUUGUAUAGAUGGAUCGUAAGAGUUGGCCAUGGAAGAAGAAGUCCUCUGAGAAAGCUACUCCAGUCACAGACCAGGACCAGGACCAGGAAAAUGGGAAGAAGACAAGCUACAUCCAGAUCUCAUUUGAUCAAUACUCUCAUUUCAACAGUUUGAAAGAUGAUGUUCACAAGUACGAGGAACUAGUUGCCAAUCUACAAGAUCAGAUCAAGGAGUUAGAUUCCAAGCUAUCUACAGCAAAUGCAGAUAUCACAGCCAAGGAGGCUCUGGUCAAACAGCACUCCAAAGUCGCUGAAGAAGCUGUCUCAGGCUGGGAAAAAGCUGAAGCAGAAGCUUCGGCUUUGAAAACGCAUCUCGAAACCGUUACCCUCGCCAAGCUCACCGUUGAAGACAGGGCUGCUCAUCUAGACGGAGCUCUAAAAGAGUGUAUGAAACAGGUAAGGAGUCUAAAGGAAGAGAACGAACAGAAGCUGCAUGAUGUCAUUGUAACUAACACCAACCAAAUGGACAAGCUCAGAGACGAGAUCGAGUCCAAGAUCGGAGAGUUCGAGCGAGAACUGCUCCGGUCUGGAGCCGAGAACGACGCGCUGUCUAAAUCACUGCAAGAGCGUUCCAACAUGGUUAUGAGGAUAAGCGAAGAGAAGUCCCGAGCAGAGUCCGAGAUCGAGCAUCUCAAGAACAACAUAGAGUCUUGCGAAAGGGAGAUCAACACUCUCAAGUACGAAACGCAUGUGAUCACCAAAGAGCUCGAGAUACGCAACGAGGAGAAGAACAUGAGCAUGAGAUCAGCAGAAGCGGCGAACAAGCAGCAUUUGGAAGGUGUCAAGAAGAUUGCAAAGCUGGAAGCUGAGUGCCAGAGGCUACGCACUCUGGUGAGAAAGAAACUCCCUGGUCCUGCGGCGCUUGCGCAGAUGAAAAUGGAGGUUGAGAGUUUAGGGAGAGGAGACUAUGGAGACCAUCAUAGACAAAGGAGGUCACCUGCUAGGCCGUCUAGUCCUCUCAUGUCCCCAAUGUCACAGAUCUCUGACUUCUCGCUUGACAAUAUGCAGAAGUUUCACAAAGAGAAUGAUUUGUUGACGGAGCGGUUGCUUGCCAUGGAAGAAGAGACCAAUAUGCUUAAAGAAGCUUUGGCAAAGCGUAACAGCGAGCUUCAAGUGUCGAGGAACCUCUGUGCUAGAACAUCAAACAGGCUUCAAACACUGGAAACUCAGAUUAUGAGUAAGAGUCCAAGCAAGAGUGGCUUUGAAAUGCAUGUUAGUAAUCCUCCUAGCAUGGCUUCAAUGUCUGAGGACGGAAACGAAGAUGCUAGAAGCAUUGCAGGGUCUUUGAUGUCUGAACUCUCUCAAACCAACAAGGAUAGAAACAGCGAGAAGAUGAAGAAGAACAACGAGAGUGCUAACCAGUUGGAGCUUAUGGAUGAUUUUCUAGAGAUGGAGAAGCUAGCUUGUCUACCAAGUGGUGAUUCCGAUGCUGAGAUUCUACCACUGAAGAAAAGAAUCUCAACUUUGCUCCAGUCUCUCCCCAAAGAUGCUGCCUUCGAGAAGAUUUUGGCAGAGGUACGGUGUGCCAUUGAAGAUGCAGGUGGACCUAAUGUAAACGGUCAUGCAGAAGAGAAGGAGAUAGCUCUUCAAAAUGAGACCACAGAGGAAAAAGUUACACAAGAACUGGCUCAUGCUCUCUCUCAGAUUUACCACUUUGUUUCCUACCUUGCGAAAGAAGCAACGCUGUGUCAGGAGGACACAUUCUCCCCAAAAGUUCAAGAGUUGUCUGUCACACUUGACAGAGUAUUGAGCAAGGAGAAGACUCUGGUUGACUUUUUGUUUGACCUCUCGCGAGUUUUAGUAGAAGCUACUGAGCUGAAAAUCAACGUGGUGGGACUUAAAGCAUCUGAAGUGGAGGAGAUUCACAGCCCUGAUUGCAUUGAUAAAGUCGCUCUAUCCGGUGAGCAUUACCAGAGUGGUUGUUCUCAGAGCUCUGAUUCCGAGAUUCCAGAUGAUAGCAUCGGCUACGAACACAAGCUCUCACCAGUUCCUUGUAAAUUUACAUCAGAAGAGUUUGAAGGGUUGAAACUCGAGAAAGAAAAGGCAGAGACCAACGUUGCAAGCUGUGAAGCAGAUCUUGAAGCAACUAAGUCGAAACUACAAGAAACAGAGCAGAUUCUUGCUGAAGUGAAGUCAGAUUUGGAAUUUGCUCGGAAGUCUAAUGGCAUGGCCGAGACACAGCUCAAAUGCAUGGUUGAAUCAUACAGAUCUCUCGAAACUAGAUCAGCGGAGCUGGAAGUCGAGUUGAGUUCUCUUAAAGUCAAAAUCGAAAACUUAGAAGAUGAGCUUCAUGAGGAAAAGGAAAACCACCGUGAGGCUUUAACCAAGUGCCAAGAACUCGAGGAGCAAUUACAAAGGAACAACCAAACCUGCCAGACUAGUUCAGUAACUGAAGCUGAUGAUCCAAAAAGCAAACAGGACAAUGAAUUAGCAGCUGCUGCAGAGAAGCUACAAGAGUGUCAAGAGACUAUAUUGCUACUCGGGAAGCAACUCAAAUCCAUGUCUCCUCAAACAGAACAGGUUGCUUCUUCUCCAAGCCUAGAACAAGCCCUAAACACAGUAGAAGAAAACGAAUACACAACUUCCACAAAUCCUCAAGACAAAACAUCGAGUUCGCCUUCACACAAAGACACACCAUCGAUGACCACAAUGAGAUCUCCUGUAGGGUCGAAACAUAGACACACCAAGUCAAACUCAUCAUCUUCCUCUUCCGGAUUCACCCCUGAGAAACACUCUAAAGGACUCAGCAGGUUCUUCUCUAAAGCAAAGUGAACAAAAGAGUAUAAUAUCGUAUCUAUUGCUAUGUAUAUGGGUUUUUAUUAUGUAAAGAACAUACGACUUUGGAUCAAUAAGACACAAAAUGUUACACACA